ACGCAUGUCAGAAAGGUCGCAGGCUGUUUUCAAUUUGUCAAUUUGUGGAUGAUGGAAUUGGUUUAAAUUGGACCAAAAUGGAAUGUUGAAUCUGCAUGUAGAGAAGCACAUUCUCAAUCUGGUAAGCAAUAUGCUUGACAUCUUGGUUGCCAGGACCAGCUGCCAUUCGCUGAACUGAGACAAGAACAGCUCAUGCUCCUGAUGCCAAAAAUGCAUCUAUUCUUCCCUCUAACUCUGGUAAGGUCAUUCUGGAGUGACAUGAUGGACUCUGAACAGAGCUUCAUAACCUCUCCGUGGACGUUUUAUCUUCAAGGUGAUGAUGGAAAAAUAGUUAUAUUCCAGUCUAAGCCAGAAAUCCAGUAUGCACCACAGUUGGAGCAGGAGCCUACAAAUUUGAAAGAAUUGUGCCUACGCAAAAUGUCCUAUCUGCAAACGAGAAGUUCACAAACACAUAGGAAGUGUCUUGAAGAUGGAGAAAGUGAUGGCUUUUUAAGAUGUUUCCCUCUUAACUCUAGGUGGAUUUUAACCACAACUCCUGUCCUCUCGGUGAUGGUAUUGCUCUGGACUUGUUGCACAACUGUUGCUACAGCUGUGGAGAAGUAUGUUCCCUCUGAGGAGCUGAGUAUCUAUGGUGACUUGGAAUUUGUGAACGCACAAAAGCUAAACAGAUAUCCAGCUUCUUCUCUUGUGGUUGUUAGAUGGAAAGCUGGGCUGUGAAGAAGCAGGGCCUCUACCUACAAAAGUGAAUCUUGCUCAUUCAGAAAUUUAAGUGUUUUUUUUUUCUUUUUUAAAGUAAAGGGUAAUAGACAUCUAAAUUUCCAUUCCUCAUAGAGCUUUUAAAAAUG